UAGCUGCUGCUGCUGCUCAAACAUAAAAGGUCCAAAAGGCAUUUUCAACUUAGAAAAACAGUUAAACACUCAGUCAGUGGUGCAUGAGCUGUGAGGCGUAAUAAGGAGGAAUAAUGUCGAGGACCAUCUUUCAAAUGUGUGUACUGGCAACAGUUUUAACUGUUGUGCAUACUAGUCACAAAGAGAAGCACAAUUCCUUCUCCUUGACACACCCAUCCCACAGUCACCACCACCAGCAGCACCACCACCACCAGCAUCAUCAUCACAAUAACAGCCAGCUCCUAUAUGAGGGGAACCGUGACUUUGCUUUCCGUCUGUACAAGCACAUGGAAACACCAAGGUCCAAGAACCUUUUGUUCUCUCCUCUAAGCAUCUCCGUGGCCCUGGCUGCUCUCUCCCUAGGGGCAGAGGGUGAGACCAACCAGCAAAUUUUCAGUGGCCUUGGUUUCAAUAAUUCCAAUAUUGCAAAAGAGCAAGUGCACCAAGCAUUCCAGAGCCUUCUAGAGGAUCUUAGGUCAAAGACGGCAGUGGAAUUGAAUACGGGCACUGCUUUGUUUCUGAAGGAAACCUUCAAGCCACAUUUGGAGUUUCUUGAGAAUCUGAAGCGUUUCUAUAACUCAGAUAGCCUCACAACUGACUUCACUAAAACUGCAGAAGCAACAGAAAUGAUUAAUAACUAUGUGAAAGAAAAGACAAAUGGUAAAAUCAACAAAAUGGUGGAUAGUCUGAGUCCGGACACUAUAAUGUUCCUCCUCAGUUACAUAUAUUUCAAAGGUAAAUGGAUGAUUCCAUUUAAUCCAAGACAUACUACGCAAGACAAAUUCCAGGUGGAUCCAAAUACCUCUGUUUCAGUCCAGAUGAUGUACAAGAAGGGCCAAUUCAAUGUCUACCAUGAUCGCACUCUUUCCACACAUGUGCUUCAGUUGCGUUUCACUAACGGUGUCUCUAUGAUGCUUGCUCUCCCUGAAAAUAAUCUGGAGGAGCUGGAAGCAAAGAUUAGUCCAAAUGACGUGUCAAAAUGGCAGCACUGGAUGAGAAAAAGUGAGUACAGCAUCUACGUUCCUAAACUGUCCAUUAAAACAUCAUACACUCUAAAAGAUGUCUUGAGCACAUUGGGAAUGAGCAAGAUGUUCCGUCCAGAGGCAGACUUUAGUGGAAUCUCAGAGGAUCAGAUUUUUGUUUCUGAGGUUGUGCACCAAGCCACAUUAGAUGUGGACGAAGCAGGGGCGACUGCAACAGCAGCAACAGGAAUGAUCUUGGUGCCCCUCUCCUUCCAACCAAGCGUCAUACUGAAGUUUGACCAUCCUUUCAUGGUCUUCAUCGUUAGUGAUGACAAUAACAGUAUUCUCUUCAUGGGAAAAAUACAAAAUCCAGCUGAGGAAUAAAGUGGCUAUGUGCAAGACUAGUAUCUUAUGGCUGCUUUUUGUUUUUGUGUUUUGUUUGUUUGGUUUUUUUUGGGGGGGGUGGUUCAAGUCAAUGUUUUCAUCCUGAACUUGGAGUGCAAGACUGUUUCCAGUGCUAUUCAUAAGUAUAAGUUAGCCAUACUGUUUUGCCUGUUUCCUUCUCUGAUUGUACUGUUUGUUUUCUUGCUGUCUUGAUACCAGGUUGCUACAUCAUAAAAUUAAAUUGGCCCAUUUAAAUGGAACUUAGACACUCUGGGCAAAUGUAACAGAACUUAAGUUAGUGCUUGGGACACGUGUGUAUUUGUAUCUGCCCCGCUGUGAUGCUUAGCUGUUAUACGACAGAGGCUUAUGUCGGUGAAAUAAAGUCAUCAGUGAGUAAAAUGCCA